AUGUCUUCUUCCAACAAUGAUUACAAUAAUGGUAACAAUGGAGUGUACCCUCUCUCUCUUUACCUUUCUUCACUAUCUGGCCAUCAAGACAUCAUCCGUAACCCCUACAAUCAUCAGUCAACAGUAUCUCCUAGCCAAAUGGUAUCACCCGUGCCUGAUCAGUCUCUUAUCAACUACAUGCCGUUUAGCUCAAACGGUGCUUUGAAACAGCAAGGUUUCGAGAUUCCUGAGGUGACUAGAGAAAUCAAGAAGGCGGUGAAGAAAGAUAGGCAUAGCAAGAUUCAUACGGCACAAGGUCUUAGAGACAGGAGGGUAAGGCUUUCUAUUGGAAUUGCUCGCCAGUUUUUCGAUCUUCAGGACAUGUUGGGGUUUGAUAAAGCCAGUAAAACAUUAGACUGGCUACUCAAGAAAUCAAGAAGAGACAUAAAGGAGCUUGUCCAAGAAAAAAAUCUCAACAACACUGAUGGAGAUUUUGGAAACAUAGGAGGUGACGUUGAAGAGGAGGAUGAUGAUGAUGGAGAUAGGACCUUUGUGUAUGUUUCAAGCCCUGAUUCUUGCAAAGAAGAAGUGGUGUGUGAGGUCAAGAAGGAAAAGAAGAGAAAGACAAAGAUUGAAGUGAGCAACAUAUCUUCAAAGGGAUCAAGAGCCAAAGCUAGAGGAAAGGCAAAGGAGAUGACCUAUGAUCAUCCAGAAACGAUCUCCGAGAUCACACAAACUGAAAUCAUUGACCCGCUCAAGAGAUCUAUAUUAAUCUUCAAUGAAGGAGAAGAAAUGAAACAUUCUCUCUACAAGGAAACAACCCAAGAGUUUGAUAGUCAAGAAUGUGUCUUAAGCAAGGCAAAGGAGAAUCUUCCCACCAAUAUGGACCAAAGUUACAACCAGAAUUAUGGGAUGUUUAUGCUGAAAGAUCAGAGUUCUAGCAGCAACUACAACAAUAUUCUGCCUCAAAACUUGGAUUUUUAUUAUGAUCGAAACCCUUUUAUUGAUCAGCCUUUUUGGUUCCCAUAA